ACGGUGACAUAGAUUAUCGUUUUUGUAGGAAUGUGAAAUGUGAGCUUCUCGUCUAAUCCGAGACCUGGCGCUCAGGUGCACGAUGGGAAAGUGACCAAUCGCGCGGAUGGCCGUCAACUCUCGCGAGGGUGGUGGCUGCCAGGAGGAUGGGAGGAGGAACGAUGGGGGGGCUGUCUGUCAGACGGUUGUGCACGGCCGCAAAAACAGCCGAUACAGAUGCCGCCAGGCGGCGAACGUGCACGUGCGACGGUUUUUUUCCCCUUUUUUUUUCCUCCUCUCGGCUGCAAUGUCCAAGAGGCCGUCGCGGAGCGAAGCCCUCGACGACAUCUCCGCCUGGGACACGGAAGAGGUGCUGCGCCUGCUGCGCAAGAACGGACUAGAAGAAUGUUGCAACGCAGUGAUGAAACGGCAAAUCGACGGCGAUGAGUUACUACACUUGACGGAUGGGAAGCUGGCUCUCUGGAAGAGUGACCUCACGCGUCCGCAGAUAGGAAAAUUAUGGACUUUUGUGCAAGAACUGAAUAAAUUUCCGGAAAGAUAUCUAUCGAAUAAAAUUAUAGAAGCGCAACAGAACGAUGAUCACUUGAGCGACAGCGGUUCCUGGGGAACCGAUUUUGAUGAUGAAGCGACGGAAGAAAUCAGUUCCUUUGAUGAUACGCAAGAAACUAUAAAACCGAGUCUAAUUAAAAAUAAACAGACUCUGUUUUUGCAGAAUAAUAGGAUACCGAUUAGUAGGAUACCGAUGCGAUCGUCGAAGAAAAUAACACAACCGAAGGAGGAAGAGACUUAUGCCAAUUGCGAAUCUUCCUGUCAAGAUGAAGAAGAAAAUAUAUAUGCGAAUUUCCAGGAGACAAAAUUACCGCCGACAAGAAAUAUCUCGAGGUUGCACAGCCAGUUAGACAAAAGUUUAGCCGAGAAACUGAAGGAGGAGUUGAAGCACAGGAACAACCAACCGACAAAAAAACCAGCGAUUGGCCCGAAACCUGAGGCACUGUCAUCGCGAAAAAUCCCAAUAACAGAUUCUGGCAAAAGGCUUCCGCAGAAAUCCUUUCUACAUAAUGCGCCGAAGACGCACCAACACAUUCCUAAUGAUCAAAGAAAAACGCAAAGGAGGAUGACCGUGCCACCACCGCCAGAGCCUAAAAAAAAUAAGGACUACACGUCUGUGGAUACCAAGAAAGGAUCCGAUAAGGAAUUACCGAAACCACCACCGGCCACCAUAAGAAAUUUCGAUCUCGUGGCGAAUUUGCCGGCGCGAACGGAGGAGAGCGAGGAUGAAUAUGAAACAUUCGACGAGAACAUCAUUGAGCAAGUACAGCAGAUUUCGCGGGUCGAUAGCAAGCAAUCGUUGCACAGCGGUCGUCAGGGAUCGAUCGAGAGCGUUUAUAAACCGCCCAGUGCCACGAGCCACGAGGAAGAGGGAGAGGACUACGAGAUUUAUGAAUCUAUUACGGAAACGCCGGAGGAUAAUGGUUACUUGAGCCCUAUUCAAAGGACAAACAAUGUUCAACAAGAACCGCCUCCUUUACCCGCCAAAUUGUCGCCAACUCUAUCGACUCCUCCUAAUAGUAUCAGAUUGGAGAAACACCAAGACAUAUUCGCGAUCCGCCGAGGAAUACGUGACGAAUUCGCGAUAAUGGCAAGUUUAAUGAGCGAUACGAAGCGGAAUAUGUCGCUUAAUACAGCGAUACGCCGGCAAGCAAGUCUCUCAGAAUGUUUAACACAAGCAGCCCUUACGCAAGCUCGACUUAACUUAGCAAAACGAUCACCGGAUAAAAAAUCAGCCACAGUACCUCAUGCUGACAGUAACACUUCGCUGUCAACCGAGAGAGCCACGCGACCGCUACCGCCGCCGCCCGAUAAACAAUCUUUAGUAGACAAAUCGUGGUAUCAUAAUGUAACGAGAGAACAGGCGGCUGCGCUCAUCGAAGAACAAGGUACUUACAGUAACCCACAAGAUGGAUAUUUUUUAUUAAGACCAUCGACAACAAACAUUGGCAAUCCCUUAGCCUUGGUGCUUUGGUAUAAAGAUAGGGUUUACAAUGUUCCAGUUAGAAAGAGAACUGACAAUAGAUACGCACUGGGCUCUGCGAAAGUGAAUGAGCUGUCUUUUUCGACGAUCGACGAGAUCGUGGCGUUUUACUUGAAGGAGGAACUGAUGCUCUACAGCGGCGGUGUGCAGAUUGGAAGCACGAGAUUGACUGACACUCCACCAAAAUAAUUUCCGCUAUGAUCAAUCUUGAUGUAAAUGGGAACAAGAAAUACUUCUCAAUAAUCUCGAUAUGUAUAAGAAUUUUAUACAUAUGUUAACACUGCCGGGCAAACAUUUAUAAGACGUCGCAACAAUCUCCAAAUCGUAGAUAGGUCGAUCAAUGAAUUGAUAAACAAAAUUUUACACAGUGCCUCUUUAGUGUCUUUAUAUUUAAAAUGCAAAAUU